UGUAAAAAGUGAAGGAUAUGUCUGGAAUCAAGUGUUUAAUUGCAAUGAGACUGGUCUUUUUUGGAAAAGAAUGCCUAGACGAACGUACAUAACCCAAGAAGAGAAAGCACUUCCCGGGUACAAGCCCAUGAAGGACAGAUUCACUCUUUUAUUUUGUGCUAAUGCAAGUGGUAACCUCAAAAUCAAGCCACUUUUAGUCUACAAUGCUGAAAAUCCCCAUGCCUUUAAGAGCAAAAAUGUGAUAAAGUCCAAACUGCCUGUACAAUGGAAGGCAAAUAUUAAGGCAUGGGUAACUUGGAUUUUAUUCACGGAUUGGCUCACAGAAGUGUUUGCUCCUACUGUUAAAAAUUAUCUUCAGGAAAUGGAUCUUCCUCUUAGAUGUCUUCUCUUAAUGGAUAAUGCUCAAGCACAUCCACCAAAUUUGGAGGACGACUUGGAUAGUGAACAUGACUUCAUCAAGGUCAAAUUCCUUCCAUCCAACACAACUCUAUUACUGCAACCAAUGGAUCAGCAAGUGAUUUCCAAUUUUAAAAAGCUGUAUACCAAGGCACUGUUUACCAUGUGUUUUCAGGUUACCAAUGAUACCAACUUAACUCUUAGAGCUUUUUGGAAAGAGCAUUUUAACAUCCUGCAUUGUAUCAACCUUAUUGACAAAGCCUGGAGUGAGUCUCACCGCACUUUGCAAUUGGCCUGGAGGAAACUUUGGCCAACUUGUGUCCCAGAGCGAAACUUUCAGGAAUUUGAAGAAGAGAGCUCUCCUGAUGUAGUGCAUGAAAUCGUGUCCAUUGGCAAGAGUUUGAGAGUAGAGGUAGAUGAUGAAGACGUGGAGGAGUUGCUGAAAGACCAUCAAAAUGAACUAACGACAGAAGAGCUGGUUGCCAUGCAGGAAGAACAGAUGAAAGUCUUACAAGAAGAGCAUUCGUCAGAGGAAGAGGCUAGGGAAGAAAUCACCAGUGCUGAGAUCAAGAAAAUUUGCAAAAAAUGGAAUGAUGUGCAGGAAUUUAUCGAGAAGCACCAUCCUAACAAAGAUGUCGCUAAUAGGGUCGUUAAUUUAAUGAACGACACUGUGCUAGUGCAUUUUAGAAAAAUUUUGAUUAAGAGAGUAAGACAAUCAACUUUAGACCACUUUCUUGUUCCUUAUCAAAAGAGACCUCGACUCAAAGAAACUCCCGAUGCAGUGCUAUCCGAUAUUUUUAUGGAGGGGAUUCCUCUUCCAAACAUUAAGCUCCGUAAAAACAAAGACCACUUUCUUGUUCCUUAUCAAAAGAGACCUCGACUCAAAGAAACUCCCGAUGGAGUGCUAUCUGAUAUUUUUAUGGAGGGGGGAUUCCUCUUCCAAACAUUAAGCUCCGUAGAAACAAAGGAAAAAGCCGGUUAUGCAAUGGAAAUCGUCAUUAGUAUUGGACCCGGGGACUAA